CAUCCCCACCUGCGAGGUGAGGCGAACGUCUAUAAAAUUUCAAGUAAGCUAAUAGGUAACCAGACCUCCUAUAAUUUCGAGAGAAUUGUCUCCGAUUUCUAGUAGGUUAUAACUUAAGGAGACAGUUCGUGUAACAGAUUAUUUCUGCUUCAUUUUUGUAUUUUGUUUGCAAGAUUCUUUAUGUAAAUUCGUAAAAAUUUUGUUGUGUCGAGAGAGAGUUAUAAUGACUCUACCGAGACCGGAUUAUUUCUGAAUAUACAAAAUAACGUUUGGGACCUUGAACUUAUGUCACCGGUAUCAUUUAAGCAGGGUGAUAUUUUCAAUGACACCGCCUAUAUGUUAUCUUUGUAAGUUAUUUAUUUCUAUUAGUAAUUAACUUUAUUACAUAGUAUUAUAAUUAAUCUGAUUAUAUUAUGCAAACACAGUCCCAUGAUACGUAAGCCCCAUCCCCCCCAAAAACCCAACUAAACUACACCAGGGGCUAUAGUUAGAGGGAUUUCAUAACUUAUAAGAAUUCAUUGAGACUUUAUAAGGGAGACGUUAAUAACUUCAACGCUUCCAUCUGAACUGUUUUUUUUAGCAAUAUAGGUUCAUUUACACAGACAUACAAUGGUGAUAAGCCUUUAAAUAGUGAAAUGUUUACUAAAGAAAGAUCAUUAUAUGAAAAUAUUCCUGAAUAUUGCUGUGAAAUUUGUGGAAAAAAUUUCUAUUCGGAAUAUGAGGUUGUCACACAUAAAGAAACACACAAUAGAAAAUCUCCCUUCCACUGUGAAGUCUGUGGAAAAUGUUUUGUUUAUAACGGUCAAUUAACAAGGCAUAAAAGAGUACACACUGGGGAAAAACCCUAUCGUUGUGAAUUAUGUGGAAAAUGUUUUGUCUCUAAGGGUAAUUUAAAAUCCCACAAAAGAAUACACACUGGAGAAAAAUUGUUUCAUUGUGAAAUAUGCGGAAAAUCUUUUGAUUCUAACAGUAAUUUAACAAAUCACAAAAGAAUACAUACUGGCGAGAAGCCUUUUGGCUGUGAAAUAUGCGGGAAAUCUUUCUCUGUUAAUUCUAAUCUUGUAGUUCAUAAAAGAAUACACACCGGAGAAAAGCCCUAUCAUUGCAAAGUAUGUGGAAAGUCUUUCAUCACUAGCAGUUAUUUAACGAUACACAAACGAAUACACAGUGGAGAAAAACCGUUUAAAUGUAAAAUAUGUGGGAUUUCUUUUACUGAGAAUUCUAAGCUUACAAUUCACCUACGUAAACAUACUGGAGAAAAACCGUAUUGGUGUGAGAUAUGUGGGAAAUCUUUUGUCAAUAGCAGUUAUUUAACAAAUCAUAGUAGGGUACAUACUGGCGAAAAACCCUAUCGCUGUGAAAUAUGCGGAAAAUCUUUCACUCGGAAUUGGAAUCUUGUUUACCACAAACGUAAUCACACUGGAGAAAAACCCUGUCACUGUGAAAUAUGCGGAAAAUCUUUCUCUGAUAAUUCAAGUCUUGUUAUUCACGUACGUAGUCACACUGGGGAAAAACCCUACCAUUGUGAAAUAUGUGGAAAAUCAUUUAUAUUAAACAGUGUCUUAAAAAUACACAGAAGGAUACAUAUUGGAGAUAAACCCUAUGACUGCGAAAUAUGCGGAAAAUCAUUCAUUAAUAAGUCAAACCUUGUUAUCCACAUACGCAGUCACACUGGAGAAAAACCCUCCCGUUGUGAAAUUUGUGGUAAAUCAUUUGUCUCCAACAAUGUUUUAAAAACGCACCAAAAAAUACACACUGGAGAAAAGCGAUUUCACUGUGAAAUUUGUGGAAAAUCUUUCAUUAAUAAUUCAAUCCUUGUUAUCCACACACGCAGUCACACUGGAGAAAAACCC